UCCAUUGCAUAAAGUACUUCCAAUGGCAGUCUUUGAUUUUUGUCGUCACGCUUCCAUGCAGAGUUUAUUGGGGUUUUGUUUAAUGGUUGUAAUCUCGUUUUUAAAAUGUCUUUUAUGUUUUAAAUACGGCUUUUGUGUUACUGUCAGUGUAUCACACUCAUGGUUACCAUCUCAGGAGAUGUCUUCCUUAACAUUUAAGUAACAGUAGUAAUGAAGUGCCUACAGCAUUUGGGUUGUUGUGGAGUGUUUGGGCUUCAUCUUUUCUAUUUCUCUGAAGACAUUCUUCCUAAGAUAAUUCCUUCUUACAUACGGAAAUCAUUUACUACUUAUUUUUCUCUGCCAGAAUUUGGUCACAGGUUCCAUCCACUAAAAUAUCUUCUUUUUUUUUUUCUAAUCCCACCAGAGAAGUUUUUCCUUCAUUUUACUUGGAUUUAUGGGUCCGUAUGGACAACAGCAGAGUAAUUUUCACCCUGCUUUCUGCUCUCAUGUCACAUACGUGUCACUAAGAGCUGAGAAUCAUAACUGCAGAAGAAUCUCCUUAAUGCUGUUCUCCUCUGUUUAAUAAAUGCUGGGUAGAUUUGGACAAUUUCAGCAAAUCUAGCAGGAGUCUUCUCAGAAGUGACUGGAAUAACAAAUAUGUGUGAAGAUGAUAUUGUUUCACUUAGAUUUUUUUUUAAGUGACCUUGUUUACAGGAGCAUUGUAUGUUCUUGCAGCAUACGUUCUAUAGAAAUCAAGAAAGAUUCUAAUUAAUAGAGCAGAAUUCUUUUUGAAGCUGUAAAUGUGCCUUUCUUGUGCAGAUAGCAUAAACAUUGUGUGUUUUCUUGUUUGCUUUGAUGUGAUCAAUCACAUGGUGGUGUAGGCUGUUACCAGCCAGUCAUACAACUUAUCUGAGUUUGGGCAUUUUGCUAAAGACUCUGCUGAAGUUUAGGACCUGAAAUUAUGGGUUGUUUUUUUUUUUUAACCUCCUUUCUUUUUGGUUCUGAGGCCAUUACAAACGUGUUGCUGGGGACACCUUUUUCAGAACAAUCACUCACUGCAUUUGAUUAUUGAUUAUUUCCUCUAAUUUUUUUAGUCUUCCUUACUCUGUUAGUUGCAUCAUUCAGCCCUUUAUGUAACCUGCUCCUGCCCCAUGCACGCAUUCAGCUGGCAGAAUUAGACAUGCAAAGCAGGCAAGGGUGUCGAACACUCUGCUGUGGAGUACACAGCUUUCUCACACACGCAGUUUGCAGUGGAUGAUUCUUUCAAUCACAAAUAGAAAAGCACUCACUUUUGUAACGUCAUUUUGUAGAGAAUAAGUGUGAGUUACACGUCAAAUGGAUUCAACGCAGACAGGAUUAAGUAGAUAAAAGCAAAUUUAUACUUGUGAUAGUAGAGUGACUGAAAGCAGCCAAGAAGGGCUUACCAGUUUUUGUAAGGAUUUUGAGAAGUGCUUGUUGUUACUUGAUGUUAAGCAUCUGGGAUUCAACCCUUCAACUUUCUCCAAUUCCAAAAGUGGAAAAAAAAAGAAGAGGAAACUCUCUUUGAGUAGUUUCUCCCCAGUUUUACUGGAAAAAUCACGGAACUACUUCACCUGUAAUACUUAUGUCUAAAAACUGUUUUCAGAGGCCGAAUCACAAGACUCCACAGCAGAAGAGGGCCUACCAGAUGCCAUACAGGAACUUUUUCUUUCAGAUAAAGAUGGGGCACAGACUUCCUGGUGGGUAGCCCAGUGAGUGUAGUCCAGUGGAUUUUGACUUCACUUGGUUAUAAUCAGCUUUGUGCUUUUGUUGAUGCUGCCUCAGCCAUGCACUACUGCCACCUUGUCUCCUUGUCAUCCUGCCACUUGUCAUCAUAAGACAAGCUCAGCAGGAAAGUAAAGAGAGGCCACAGUAUCAUAUGGAAUGUCUUGGCAACAUUUGGCCAGUCAUUUGAAGUGUGUUUUUCCUUUUUUUGUGAGUAGGAAAUGAGCUCACAACUCCAUGCUGCUUCAUAUGUAGGGAUCAUUAUUUUUAGAGCAGCGGCAGAUCUGAGCCUCUGCGUGUAAUCCGCUUUCUGUUCCUUCAGAUGGAGUGGCAUGAGGCAUCAAGGUCUGCAGGAAUAUCUAUGGAGCUCAGAGUUGUUGCUGAUGAGUAACUUGAAUUUGGAAGUGAGGCAGCUCAGAGCUCUGAGUGGUAUGAAAAUGAGAAGCUCAGGGACUGAUAGCAUUCAGUAUGUCAAGAGCAAGGGUGGCAAGAGGCUUCUCUUAACUGUGGCUGGUGUGCUGCUGGGUUUGGACUGUGCUGUUUAUGUUACAGAUGGCAAUCAUUGCAUGUUCUCAGCAGCCAGCAUCUGCCUACAGAGGGAAUUGUGGCCUAACAUCUGAAGUUAUCAGGGUCCAUUCUGAGAAACAGCAGUUGAACUGAGUCUGUUUGGUGCUGCCAGUGAGGUCUGUGUAGGGUGUCAUCCUUCAGCUAUAGAUAGCAAACUCAAGCUCCUUACAGAGAAACCUCUUACCAGUCACUUUCCACAAAUGGUGCAUGUACCCAAAGGUACUUAGUGAAAAUCCUUGAGAGGUAUUUAAUGCAAAAGCAGUUAGUCUCUCUGGUGCAUUUGAGAAACGUGCACGCGCCACUAGCAGGAAGGAGUGCAGGGCAGUCGCAGCUCAGCUCUUGGGCCAGUUACUGAUUUUGUCUAGCCAGGCUCUGCCACCCCAAGAGCUUGCCAAGAUGUGUGACAUGGGGGGGCUCGACAACCUGAUUGCCAACACAGCCUAUCUGCAGGCCAGGAAGAGUGGAGAAGGAGACACCAAGGAGAUGCAGAAGAGACGUAAGAGCCUCUCACUGCCCAGGAUUGAUCAGUGUGGAGAGGUUAGGCAGUCCAUUGCUGCUGACUAUGAGAGCAUCUGUGAACAGCAGCCUAUUGGCAAGAGAUUCUUCAGAGACUUCUUAGAGACAGUUCCAGAAAAUUUGGUAGCUAGGGAUUUCUUGGAUGAGGUGUCAAACUGGGAGUUGGCAGAGGACAACAUCAAGAGCAGUACCAUGGAGAAUAUUAUGACCAACUUUCUUAAGACAGGCUCCAAAAAUUAUUUGUCUUUCAUGAGCUCUGACUUGGUCAGCAAAUGCCAGGCAGCCACUGAGAAGGACUAUGAGAAUGUUAUACAGCUGGCUAGAGAUGAAACCAAACUCUUCCUUCAAGGCAAGCCCUUCCAGGACUUCCAGACUAGCCCCUUCUAUGACAAAUUCCUCCAAUGGAAAGUUUUUGAAAAGCAGCCAGUAACUGAGAAAUACUUCUAUGAGUUCCGAGUGCUGGGCAAAGGAGGAUUCGGAGAGGUUUGUGCCAUUCAGGUGAAAAAUACUGGCAAGAUGUAUGCCUGCAAAAAACUAGAUAAGAAAAGGCUGAAAAAGAAAAGUGGAGAGAAGAUGGCGCUACUGGAGAAAGAAAUCCUGGAGAAGGUCAACAGCCCUUUCAUAGUCACAUUAGCUUAUGCCUAUGAGAGCAAAACUCAUCUGUGUCUUGUCAUGAGCCUCAUGAAUGGAGGUGAUCUGAAAUAUCACAUCUACAAUGUAGGACAAAGGGGUUUAGAAUUGAACAGGGUCAUUUAUUACUCAGCUCAGAUCACCUGUGGGAUUCUGCAUCUUCAUUCCAUCAAGAUCAUUUACCGGGACAUGAAACCGGAAAACGUCCUCCUGGAUGAUAACGGAAACUGCAGACUGUCUGAUCUUGGAUUGGCAGUGCAAGUCAAAGAGGGAAAAUCCAUCACUCAGAGGGCUGGGACGAAUGGUUAUAUGGCUCCAGAAAUCCUGAAGGAAGAAAGUUACAGCUAUCCUGUGGACUGGUUUGCUAUGGGAUGUAGUAUUUAUGAGAUGAUUGCUGGGCGAACACCAUUCAAGAAUUUCAAAGAAAAGGUUGAUAAGGAUGAGGUUAAACGAAGAACUCUGGAAGAUGAGGUGAAAUUUGAACAUGCCAACUUUACAGAGGAAACAAAAGAUAUUUGCCGACUGUUUUUGGCUAAGAAACCAGAGAAUCGUUUAGGAAGCAGAAAUGAAGAUGAUGACCCAAGAAAACAUAGCUUCUUCAAAACAAUAAAUUUCCACAGGCUAGAGGCGAACCUUAUUGACCCUCCAUUUGUGCCAGAUCCAUCAGUUGUCUAUGCCAAAGAUGUUGCAGACAUUGCUGAUUUCUCUGAAAUACGAGGAAUUGAGUUUGAUGACAAAGACAAGAAGUUCUUCAAAAAAUUUGCGACUGGUGCUGUCCCUAUACCCUGGCAGGAAGAAAUCAUUGAAACUGGACUGUUUGAAGAACUGAACGAUCCUAACAGGGUAGAUUCUGGCGGAUAUGCAAAUGGAGGUGAAGCUAAGUCAGGAGUUUGUUUGUUGUUGUAAAUAUCAGAUUGUUACCAAAAAGAUUAGAAACAACUGCAGAACUUUCCGUAUUCUGACACUGCUUCAGAAAUUCAGUGCAUCUGUUUAAGAAGAACUAAUCAGUGUAAUAUGGCAUUGACAGGCUGUGUAGACCACAAGCUGUAUUGACUGUAUUAUUUCCCUUUGGCCUAGCAAGGGAGAUAAUACUUUCGUUUUACUGGAGACUUAAUCAAGAUGGACUGUAUUUCUGUAAGGAACUUAGAAUGAUAGAAAUUCUGAAAUACAAAAAGCAGUCAUAGAAUGAAGAAGCAUCUCCUUUGCAGUGUUACUGACUCUACCAUUUUGAAUACAAUAAUUUAUUGACUUUCUGUCUAUUUCCUUGUCGUUUCUAUUAAUGUUUCCUCUUUGUUCUACAGUUUUCAGGAUAUACUUUUUAAUAUUUGGGUAAUACUAGACAACAGACUCAAAGACUAGGUCAAACUUGGAUGCUUAUUGGUUAGCCAGUCUGUCUUGUUUUCCUAAUUUCUGUUAGAUUUUUGGUUGGUUUGAUUGCCAUUGAAUGUAAAAGAAGGCUUUACAGGUGGCUGUAAAAUGGGACCUUCAGGAUCAAAUUUUUUCAAAGCUGAUUUUAACAGAGUGAAGAGAAGCAUGCCCCAAUUUAAUUGAAUAAAACAUUUAUUAGGCAUAUUAUGUAUUUAUAAGUGAAUAUCCAUUCUUUUUGACAAUCAGUUUCAACCUUUUAUUAGAUCUCCUGAUAAUAAUUCUGUAUUUUGCUGAUAUAUUAAACUAUGAAUAGACCAAAGCAAUUUGUAACCGGCUCUUUACAAGAAAUAUAUUUUAAUAUAAUACAAACAUUAAUUCACUGACAAAUAUAGAAUAUAUGUAUGCAAGUUGACAUCUUCAUCUUCAGCUGCUCAUUGAUUGUUAUGCAAAUUUUGAGGCAUCUUUUUUAUUGUUAAUUUUAUUACAAUCUACGUAGAAUUAAUUGGAAGCAUUUAAAUGAAUGCUUGCUAAUGCUGAAGUCUAUUAUUUGUGAAUGACAUCUUAUUGUUUUCUCUGGUAAGAAGAUAAUAGGUGGUCGUGUUUUUCUAACUUCUAAAUUUGAUUAUGUAUGUCGUUUACUGUCUUUUAUCUUGCUAUAGUUUCCAUUGACUAAAGUGGGAUUAGAAACUAUUCUGAGUCCUAGAGGCUGCUAAUACUUUUUGUAUGUUUCACAGAGCAAAUGUCCUCCUUGGUUCAACUAUCUAUUUUGUAUAGACACUGUGCUAUUCAGAAAGAGGAGUAACCAUAGAUAAGCUGUCUUCUAUAAUUAUAUCUGUUGUGCAAACAUAGCUUCAUUGAUUAUUAAUAAUUGAAUACCUCAUUCCAAAUGGUGCAAUAAAAAAAAAAAAAUAUUUAGUAUUAAAUAUUUUAAGUGCUUUAGUCACAGGCAAAUAAUGUGUUGGAAAUACUUUGUGUUGUUCUUCAUUUUCUGUGCAGAGGAUUAAGCUGAAAAAGAAUUGUUCCUUUCUUUCCUUUUAAAUUUGCUUUUCCAGUGUUUUAUAUCUAUUUUUUUCAAGAGGAAAAAAACCCCAAAACCGUGAAAAAGAGCAUCAGUGGAUAAUUCUGUUCACAGAUUGUUGUGAAUCUGUAAUUGUCUGCCUUUGGGAGGAAGACUUUCUGUAAAAUGGUGUAAAAGGAAAUAAGCUGAAUUCUGACUUGGGGUUUUAAUUGAGAAGGAUGAUCCUGGAAGAUUGUCAAAAUCAUGGGAGGUUGAGAGGAAAGAUGAUCAUGUGGAUCUGUCAGGGUGGUCUUAGGCUAAAAUAUUUAUUAAUUUGAGAAACUCGGGCAGAAAAUUUGAUUAUGUCUAGAUUUCAGCAACAGCGGUGUUGUUACAGCUAGGAGGGGCCUAAUAGUGCUAGUGGCAUAGAGCAUUGAGCUUGUGUCCUGAACUGCUUUACAUCUCACAGCCAUGCAGAUGCCACUUCACAGCCUCUCUGAGGCCAUAAACCAGCACUCUGGGUUGGCUGUAGUUUUUCUAGCACAUAAAUGACUUCUUCAAUAUACAGAUGUUCCCAUAAGGAAAGAAGUUAUGUAUAGACAGAAUCAGAAUUUAAUGUGAUGUUAGUCGUAAAUCCUCUGUGGUACCAAAUGUUGCAAGUCUGUGGUUUUCAAAAUAUAUUGCAACACUGAGGUUUGUGAAUUCAGGAUAUCAUCUGUGCAUAAUACUUUGUUACUUAGUUUUUGAACAGUUGUAGUGUCAAUAAAUCCCAGCAACAUCUUUACCAGUGAGAUGCUGUAAUGUUAAGUGUUCCAUGAAUCAUUAGAAGAAGCACAUUAGUAGUUUGAUAAUGCACCAUUUGGCACUGUAUUCCAGAAGAAAAUGAGAUAGUUUGACAUUAUUGGUUUUCAUUUUCUACAAUUCUCUAUUUCAGAACAUGGACAAUUUGUAUUUGCACUGUGAAGAGGUAGAACAGAACAGAUGUUAUAAAUGUAUUUCUGUUAGCGUUUUCAGAGCAUCUUUUAAAAAAUUAAUUUCAGCUUCUUUUAAGGACUCUGUAAAGUGCAAGAUUCUUUGCUUCUUCCUGUUACUGUAAAACUGUUUGUUAUGCUUUCAGGAACACAGUUACUUUUAACAUCUUGUUUCACCUCAACAAAGCAAAGGCAGCAAUCCUGAAAGGUGUAUGCCUCCGAUGAACUGUCUUAGUGAAGCCAAUGAUGCUACUUGUAGUAAAACUGCCUUGAGAUUUCUGCCAGAAGUCAGAACCAAGAUGACUUGGACUAAACCCUGCUCCUCCUACUCAAAAACUAUUCCUGUAUGGGUGGUAUCCCAGGAGGAGGCACAGGAGAACAGAAUGAGGAGCAUGCACAAUUAUAUGAGCACUUCAGUGUGGAUUUUUGUUUUAAUCUUUAAUAGGAAUCUGGAAAACAAACAAACAAAAAACUAUCUGAGCCACUAUGUAUUAAAAGAUCUGCAUUUUACUGUCAUCUGGUAAAAAAUACUGUUGUCCCCAGACUGGAGAUCAGCAGAAAUUCAUGGUUUAGGUUCAUUUUUCUUUCAAAGGAGUUGGAGGCAAAAUGAACAUUUUUAGAUUGUGUUAUGGAGGCCUGCUGUAUGUGCUUGUUCUAAUGUGAGAGAAAUUGGAAAAUACAAUUUAAAAAUAAUUUUGAAACUUUAUUGGUGGUGGUACUUUUGGGAAAAUCCAGUAGCUUUUACUGGGAAUCAGAUUUACAGGAGCCUGCAGAAUUAAAAAAAAUGGGUAUAUAGAGCUCAUGUAGCCUUGAUCCUCUUUUGGUCCUUUAGUAUUUGUCUAUAAAACUGUAUUACAGAUGACAAAGUGUAUCUUCUGCUCCUUCAGAACUACAGGUAGCUAACAUAUUUGCAAUUGAGUAUUUUGGUUUUUAUAAUUUUGUUUAAAAUUAUUUAAUACUUUGCUGUAGGACUAGUAGAAUCUUAGAAAAAUGCUGUGAAAAGCCAGACCGCAAAUGAAGUGAGCAAUGAUGGAAUUCCCACACAUUUAGACUGGUAAAAAGUAAAAUUAAUAAAAAUUGUAACUGUCAUUUUUCAUUCUCAAAAGUUCUCUUUUUUCCAACUUCCUCUUAUGUAAUCAUAAAGAUACACAGAUUGGCAUAAAAGUUGACAUUAUCUCGGUUUGUAAAUCUUGUGACUUUGUGUGGGCAUUCCAGGACUGCACUUACUAUAGGCCUACUCCCAGUGAUCAAAUCCAUAGAGAAACAGGUGGGUGCAGGACACCACUGAAAGAACGCUGAACAUCUUCACUGUCAUUUAUGGUUAAAGAGAGAUGAAGGUGGUUUGCCUCUUAGCAAAUGUAGCUCUUGUGGAGUGGCAGAAAAAUGUAUGAAGAGUUAGUAAAUAACCCCAGAUGAAUACAUUAGUCAAGAGCCGUUCCUAUAUACCAACUUGUCAGGUAUUUUUUUUUUGUUCAGUUUGAUGCAGCCAUCACAUGUAAUAUAUGCUAUUUUGAUUAGGAAGUAAAAUGAAACAUAAUCCUAAAUAAGUAGCUUAUAAUAUGUCUUAACAGUUAAAGGCAGUGGUUUAUAUAACACGGUGAACUUUCUGCUCAGCAAUACAUAAAAGCUAGCUUGCUCUAUUUUUCUAGCUGAUGUAUGCUCAGCACUAAUAAUAGGCCUUACGAAUCACAGGCAUUCAUUAAGUGAGCCAACAGAUGUUUUAAAGAGACAAUAGUUGAGAUCUAGACUGUUUGAAGUGAACAAGUAGAUGUUGUUAAAAAUAGCGAAUCUUUACAAAAUGUUACCGUAACAUGCUUAACAUUGAAGAUGCAAAACCAGUAUGUUAAUUAGUGGAUUAGUGAAAACAUCUUUUGAGACCAAACUUAAACCUGUCGUCUUGGUUUUGAAAUGAAUUUGGAAUGCUUGACUUUCUCAUGAUUGCCCCAAGGGAAAAUAGGACAGUUUGUUUGUUUGUUUUCUCAGGAAGGCACAGUUUAGACAUAGCAUUUGGUUUUCAAUGUAGAGCUGUUUUGCACUUAGUUAUCCAGCUGGCUUGUUAAGGGUACAAUUAAAUAAAUGAUUUGCUCUGGAUCACUAAGUGAAUCAGUGACUUGACUGGGAGAAAAAAAUUGGACUGGGAAAACUGAAAAUACCAGUUCCCAUUGCAGAACAGUUUCUCAGUAGCACUUAAGUAAAUUAGAGGGAUAACUUAUUGUAUUUCACAGUCAUCCACACAAACCACCAGCAAUGUGUAGACUAAGUUCCCAUUGGUAGAGAAAUGUGGAUGCAGAAGGAGAACUGAAUGAAGUUAACUCUUCAUGUGAUAGAUGUCUGAACAGAUUUAUCAGACCAAGAACAGAUGGUAAAUCAAAAUUUAUUUUUUAAAGCUAUUUGUUUUUGUAGAUAUCACUGCUAGGGGGAAGUUCAACUGAAUAAUGAAUCUUUCAUGUUUAGCUUUAUUUUACUAGCCUAGUAAAAUUGUGUAAAAAGUAAAUUGUGAAUUGCAAUUCUAGGACUUUUCUCAUUUAUAAUUAUUCAACUUGGUGUGGGUUUUGAUUUUGGGUUGGCUUUUUGCUUAAUUAGUUUUUCCUAUUUUUGGCAGCAUGAAGUUUUGUCAAUACUAUCAUGCUGGUAUGAUGACACUGAUUUUUUUUUUUCCAAUAGGUUUAAUUAAUGCAAAUGGCUUUUGCCUGUUGCAUGCUUAGAUUGCUGGUUGCAAUAAUAAGAUGUCAUCUUCAGUGAUGACAGAAGGCAAUCAGGCAUGCACAUGGGCUCAUAAUUAACAUCACAGAUUUUUCUGGUAGUGUUUAGUGGUAGUAAAUGAAUAGUGAAAAUUAGCAUAUUCUGAUUUGGUUUCAGGGGCAGGAUGUGAAUGCACUCCAGUGAGGAUAAAGGCUCCUGCAACAGGUUUCAAACCUUCCCUUUCUUCCAGAUCACAGCUCACUUCUUCAGGCCUCUCACUCCCUCCAGCAUUAUUUUUCUACCAGUUUUUCAUCUUCCUAGCCUCCCCAUUUCUUCAGGCUCAGUCUCCUGGCUAGGCCAGUGCUGGCUUUCUCCUUGGCUUGCUGCCUGAGUCCCCUGCUGAACUCAGGAUGUGGUUCUGCCAAUCUAAUUGUGGGCUGCUACUGAAAGAAGUACUCUCAUUCCUCUGACUGUCUCCCCUGGUCUCCCUUGUGAGCUGAGUCAGGGAAGUAAAUCUGUAUGAUUAUAUGACUGAUUGUCUUUCAGAUCAGCUUUCUUAGUCACUUGAUGGUGUAAAAUGAAUAAUGCUAAAAAUUACAGCCAGGGUUGGAGGGGAGAGUGCAAUGAGGUGAGAAUGGACCAUCUCUUUCAGCAGCACUUCACAACUAAAGUGAGUUUCAUCAUAAAACUUUAUUUUCAGCUCCAAACUCCUUAGUGUGUCUUUCAUUGUGUGUUUCAUCUCCACUCUGUAUCCCCUCGUCUUCAGGUUCUUGAUUUGUCCUUGUCCUUUUUGCUUCUGUCUCAUUUGUGGACCAGCUGAUGCCAGCCAUCUCACCCUACAUCUUUUUCUGCCUCAGUCCUUCACUGGUCUCCUGCAGCAGACACUGUAUCUUCUCACCAGCCUGGCCCAUGGUCCAUCACUCGAUUACUAUUGGGAAAGUAUUUGCUGGAAGUGGGAGAAAAUUUGGCAAUUAAGACCUUAUUUUUAUAAACUUUUCUCAAGCCAUUUUUAAGAGGCUCUUCUACUUAGCUAUGAAAAAGCAUCUGAAAUUUAACUGCUUGUGCUAUAAAAUGGUCAAAAUUCAUGUCCUAUUAGAUAUGAAAUUCCUACCAACUGAGCUUUCCUCAUUUCAAGCUGUUUGUGUUAAAAAUAAGCUGUGAAAUAGUUUUCAACAAUAGUUUGAGAGUUUUUUUUUUCCCCUACUGUAAACAAAUGCUGAAUAUCUGGGCAACAGCCUCCUUUGCGUAAUGCAAGUCAGCUCCCAUUGACUUCACAGGAGUUAUAUAUGAGAGCAGAAUCUUGUCUCUGUGAAUAAAGGAGUUUUUUCAACAGUGAGGGGGCUCUGCACAAUGAAUGCAUUUUUACCAGCCCUUUCUGAUUCACUGGCAAAGUACCAAACACAAGAACUGUUUCUGUAGUCUUUUUGCUCUCACAAUGACCGACAUUUUCUUUUUCAUUUUUAGUGGGAAGUCUUUUGUGUUGUUUUUUUUUUUCCUCGUGAAAGUUUGUCUUAUGUUUCUUGCUAUUUUGUACAAUGGAGUAGAGUAUUUCUCAGUCAUAGUAUUUUUGAAAUCGGUUCCCUCUCUGACUUUGUCAAAUACCAGUUCUUGUUUUAUUCUACCUAAGGACAAAGAAGCAGGUUUGGGUCUGACUUAAGGAUGCAUCUCUUGCAGUUCAAGCACUGGAACUGAACUGGACAGACUCCUGUGGAAGUUAUAGUAGCCAUCACUUGCCAAUGUUGUGUCUGGGUGUCAUACACCCUAGGCACACAACUAGAGAAGUGGAUGGCUUUGAAGGUAUAAGGAACUGUCUGAUGGACCUUUAAUAACACAAAAUACAUUUAUUGCGUGCCCUCUGUAGUGUCUUCUAUACUAUAGCAAAUGUGAUUCCUUUUGUAUUUUAUUUUCUCCCUAGACUUGUGCCUGACAAUUAGAAAAAUAACUCAGCAGGUAUCUUCAAAAGGUUGGAAUUCUUGGUGUUAUUUUCCAUUUUUAAUGUAAUCAUACAUUAUUCUCUUAGUAGGUCAAAGUGGUUUUCUUCCCAUUGUACUUGUGAGAACAUGUAUUACUAAUUAUACUGUUAAAAGAUCAGAUGUCUAGAUAAAACUGCCCUUCCAGAGAAAUAGUGAACUGAGGACCAUUCCUAGAGCUGACUGCUCUGUGAGGCAGUGAGUGUAAGCAGUAAGAGACCCCAAACCCGACAAUCACAGAAUAUCCAUAUUCAGAACAACCAGUGUUAAUUGUUCAUUUCUCUCUGUGUA